AUGCAGUUCAUCGUCGAUUUGUUGACUCCGUUCGCCCAACAGAACAUAUUCCAGGAAAUCGUGUGGUUUGUCAGUCCGUACCAGCGCUUGGAGCAGACUGACGAGUUCAUAAGGCGCAUUGACGAGGCUUUCGGGACGACAGCCACUCAGACGGUGGUUAAUAACAACACGGAAAUGCGGAUGAUACACUCGUCGGCUCGAAGGAACCACAUGAGUUUUGUGUUCACCACAGGGGCAGAUGAUCCCAUUAUGAAGGUGUUCAGCAAGGUGCUGCUGGGGCGACACUUUUACUUUACGAUGAUGAUGUAUGUGGACAAAGUAGGUGACAUGCAGCCCAUCCAUGAACUUUUACUCUUCGCCUACAAGCAGCAGUUUAUCAACUCGAUGGUCUACUUUGAAUCGGAGGAGGGCAUUAAUCAGAUAUUUGGAGUGACCAAGUUUCCGGCUAUGGUAUUCGAGAACCGAACUGAUUUCAACACUUAUAUAAGAAAAAUGUACAAGAAGAUCCUGAAUGCCCGUUCCGAUGUGGAAGGUUACGGAUUCGCCACGCCCUUGCGCCAGGACCUGCCGCAUCUCUUCCAGUCCCGAGGUCGAAACGACGGGAGCACCUACCGGAUCAUCGAGACCUUUGUCCAGUUCUUGAACGGCACUUUUUCGGAGCUCCAUAUGCCGCCCGAUGCCCUGGGUGGUCAGGUGAUCAAUAUGAAGCAGGCUCUGCAGUUGGUUCGAGAGCGCCAGAUGGAGUUCUGCGCCCACGCCUACGCCUUGUUUAUGCCCGACGAUGAGCUGGAGAAGACCUAUCCUUUGCUGGUGGUGCAGUGGUGCCUGAUGGUUCCCCUCUACAACAGUGUAUCCACGUACUUGUAUCCCCUGCAGCCUUUCGCCUGGAAUGUGUGGUUCUUCGCCCUGGGAGCUCUGUUCGCCCUGAUUUUUCUGGAGUUGAUGUGGCUCAGGAUGUUCGGAGGAGAUUGGUUAGGGUAUCAUGGCGCUGUUCUGGACUCCUUUUGCUACAUAAUCAAUGUGCCCACUGAGGGCCAGUUGCAGCAGCCUUGCCUCCUUCGAUUUCUGCUCCUUGGCACGGUCUUCUUCCAUGGAUUCUUCCUUUCGGCCUACUACACCUCAAAUUUGGGCAGCAUUUUGACUGUGAAUCUCUUUCACGCUCAGAUCAACACCAUGGACGACAUUGUGAGUGCCCAGCUGCCGGUCAUGAUCAUUGACUACGAGAUGGAGUUUUUGCUGAAUCUGAAUAAGGAGUUGCCCGAGGACUUUCUCAAGCUUCUAAGACCCGUUGACUCGGGCAUUUUUGCAGCUCACCAAACAAGAUUCAAUAGCUCCUUUGCUUACUUCGUGACCGAAGAUCAGUGGCAAUUCCUUGACGAGCAGCAGCAGCACUUGAAGCAGCGUCUUUUUAAGCUGAGCAGCAUUUGUUUCGGAUCCUAUCACCUGGCCUUUCCCCUGCAGAUGGACUCAUCCUUGUGGCGAGACAUCGAGUACUUCACAUUCCGCAUCCACUCCUCGGGUCUGCUCAACUUUUAUGCCCGCAGCAGUUUCGCAUCUGCACUCCAUGGCGGUUUGGUUGAGCGAUUUCCAGAGAAUCAGGAAUACACAUCCGCUGGGAUGCAGCACCUGGCCAUUGCCUUCAUUUUUCUGCUGGUGAUGAGUGCUUUAGCCGGGAUUGUGUUUGUUAUGGAGAUGCUAUCUAAAGGCACAUCGCGUAGUCUUUUUGUUUAUCAAUGA